CGUUCACACUCGAUGGCUCAUCAUUUAUAGCAGCAGAAGUACUGUGGGGGCUGAAGAAUUUGUGGAAGCCUUUUAGCGAUUCAUGAUUGAUUGGCUACAUUCUCUUCUACGCCAUUGGAGAGUUCUAUCAAUCAGGUUGCACACAAAAAACAUGGGUGUGAGCAGCUGUAGAGUUAAUGUUUUUUUGCUCUUUCCUUCGGCCACAGAAGUCUCUUAUGAUUACAAGCCAAAGCUGUGGGGAUCAUCUUGAGAGAUUUUAGCCAACAACUCCAGAUGAUUAUUGACAACUUUGAAUAGUUUCCUGUUGGAUAGUGAGCUUCGAGUUGCCGUCCCAACCGUAUUAUGGGCACUAAGCAUAACUCACCAGGCAACAAAGCUCGAAGUCCAGUGUCUAUAUUUGUUGUGCUUGGUCUAUGCUGUUUCUUUUACUUACUGGGAGCAUGGCAGAAGGGUGGAUUUGGAAAGGGAAGUAGUAUAGCCGUAGAGAUUCCCAAACAAACCAACUGCACUGUCAUGUCCACACUGAACUUUGAACCUCAGCACAAUUAUGUUCCAGAAAUUGAUUCUUCUGAGCCAAAAGCCAAAGUUUUCAAGCCUUGUGAUGCUCAAUACACUGAUUAUACUCCUUGCCAAGAACAGGACCGGGCUAUGACCUUCCCAAGGGAAAAUAUGAACUACAGGGAAAGGCAUUGUCCUCCUGAAGAGGAAAAAUUGCGGUGUCUUAUUCCUGCACCAAUAGGAUAUCUGACUCCAUUUUCCUGGCCAAAAAGUAGGGACUAUGUCUACUAUGCGAAUGUUCCUCAUAAAAGCUUGACCGUUGAGAAAGCUGUCCAGAACUGGGUGCAGUUUCAGGGUAAUGUUUUCAAAUUUCCAGGCGGAGGAACAAUGUUUCCUCAAGGCGCAGAUGCAUAUAUUGAUGAACUUGCAUCAGUUAUUCCGAUUGCAGAUGGCUCAGUCAGAACAGCUCUAGAUACUGGCUGUGGAGUUGCAAGCUGGGGUGCUUAUUUACUAAAGAGAAAUGUGUUGGCUAUGUCUUUCGCACCAAAAGACAAUCAUGAAGCACAAGUCCAAUUUGCAUUGGAGCGGGGUGUGCCUGCUAUUAUUGGUGUUCUUGGAACAAUAAGUCUUCCUUACCCAUCCAGUGCGUUUGAUAUGGCUCAAUGCUCUCGAUGUUUAAUACCUUGGACAUCAAAUGACGGGAUGUACCUAAUGGAAGUUGACCGAGUUCUUCGACCUGGUGGGUACUGGAUCUUAUCUGGCCCUCCAAUUAAUUGGAAGACCUACUACCGGACGUGGAAAAGGUCUAAGGAAGAUCUCAAGGCUGAGCAAAGAAAGAUUGAAGAAUUGGCUGAACUUCUUUGCUGGGAGAAGAAGUACGAAAAAGGAGAUAUUGCCAUCUGGAGGAAAAAAGUGAAUGCCAAAUCCUGCCAAAGGAAGUCUGCCAAAUUCUGUAAAUCUGACGAUGCUGAUAAUGUCUGGUACAAGAAAAUGGAGGCAUGUAUAACUCCCUUACCUGAUGCUAUGAAUGAAAUAGCUGGAGGGGAACUGAAGAAGUUUCCAGAUAGGCUUUUUGCGGUCCCUCCUCGAAUAGCUAAGGGAUCUGUUGCAGGGGUUACAACUGAAUCUUAUCACGAAGACAACAAACAGUGGAAAAAGCAUGUAAAUGUUUACAAAAGGAUAAAUAGAUUAAUAGGCACUACGAGAUACCGUAACAUUAUGGACAUGAAUGCCGGCCUUGGAGGGUUAGCAGCAGCACUUGAAUCACCAAAAUCAUGGGUGAUGAAUGUUGUGCCUACCAUUGCUGAGAAUACUCUUGGUGCUAUCUAUGAGAGGGGUCUGAUUGGCAUAUAUCAUGACUGGUGUGAGGGCUUCUCCACUUAUCCAAGGACUUAUGAUCUCAUUCAUGCUAAUGGUUUGUUCAGCUUGUAUCAGAACAGGUGUGAAUUUGUAGACAUCCUUCUAGAGAUGGACCGUAUUUUGCGGCCAGAAGGGACAGUCAUAUUCAGAGAUGAAGUUGAUGUCCUAAACAAGGUGGCGAAAGUCGUGGGAGGCAUGAGAUGGGAUGCCAAAAUGAUGGACCAUGACGACGGUCCCCUGGUGCCUGAAAAGAUACUGGUUGCCGUCAAACAAUACUGGGUUGGUGGCGGUAAUGAAGGAAACAACACAUCCUACGAUGAAUGAUCUGCAGUGUUAUUUGGGUAAGUAAGCGUAUGCAUGGAAAUUCAAGUGUUAUGUGGGAGCGAUUCAAAGUGUCCCGUUCCUUAGCUCAAAUGAAAAGUGGAAACUGAAGAAACAAAUAUAACUUCUUUGGUUCA